CAUCCUCGGCCCACUUGCCCGGCGGCCGUCGUCGCGCGUUCACCGGACUUUUGACUUUUGAAAGCCAGGGCGGAAAAAUGGAGGACGAUCUCAUCCAAUUCGACAUGCCUACCAUCCCUGAGUUCUUCAAGGGCAGGUCGAUUUUCAUCACGGGCGCCACAGGCUUCAUGGGAAAGGUUUUGGUGGAAAAACUGCUGCGAUCCUGUCCCGAACUGGACACAAUUUAUCUGCUCCUACGGCCGAAAAAAGGUCACUCGGUGGAAGAGCGCCUGGACGAAUUUCGCAAUUCCCAAGUUUUUGCUCGGCUGAACGAGGAGCGUCCGGGGGCGUCGAUGGGCACGCAGUUGGUGGCCGUGGCCGGCGACGUGAGCGAAAAGGGCUUCGGGCUGAGCGAGCAGGACCGCGACACUUUGGUGCGCCACGUUUCCGUCUUUUUCCACUCGGCCGCCUCCGUGCGAUUCGACGACCCGAUCAAGAAGGCCGUCUCGCUCAACCUGAGGGGCACCUACGAGGCCGUCCAACUGGCCGAACAGAUGCAGCACCUCGUCGUAUUUCUGUACGUAUCAACGACCUACAGCAACACGACCAGGUUUGUAACUGACGAGGCGGUCUAUCCACCAGCAGCAGAUUGGCGACUUCUGCUCAGGAUGAUUGACGAGCUCGAUGAUGACACCCUCGAAAUCGUCACUCCAAAAAUUUUGGGGAAAUUGCCGAACACCUACGGCUUCUCGAAGGGUCUGGCCGAGUCGGUGGUGAACGACCACCGUGACACGGUGCCCGCCAUCAUCUUCAGGCCGUCCAUCGUGUGCUCGUCCGUGCAAGAGCCGUUCCCAGGCUGGCUAGACAAUCUAAAUGGACCGGCGGGCCUGUUGAUCGCGUGCGGCAAGGGCCUCAUCCACUCGGUUUUCUGCAACAUGGACCUCAUCAGCGACUUUUCGCCGGUGGACGUCGCAAUCAAGGCCAUGAUCGUCGCCGCUUGGAAAAACGGAGUCCGCAGAAGCAGAGCCAUGCAGAAAGAAGGUUCGAGUUCUGAGCCAAAAUCCGAGUUGAUUACGGAGGACGCAGACGACGGCCGCUGUUCGACCACCAUCCCUGUGUACAAUUGUGCCACCUCGCCGGUCAGAAACACGACCAUUGGCACAGUCGUCACGAUGGCCCAAGAAUUAGCCUCUGAGAUUCCGUUGAAUGACUGCAUUUGGUACCCAACAGGAAACACAACAACGAACCGUUUUCGACACACGAUUGUCGUUUUCCUCAUGCAAAUUCUUCCUGCUUGCAUCAUCGACGGUCUGUUAAAAAUCAAAGGAGAAAAGACCAGAUUGCUGAGAAUGCAGAGACGGAUUUUCCUGGCGUGCCACGCUUUAGAGUACUAUUUGAACAACGCGUGGAGUUUUCCGAACAACCGGUUCCAGCGUCUCCUCGAGGAAAUCCCUGAUUGCGACAAGGAGACGUUCGGAUCGACCAUCUGGGAGGUGGACGAACGGGAAUACUUCAUCAACUGCAUGAGGGGCGCCCGCAAGUACUUAUUGAACGAACCUGAAGACACAAUGCCCGCCGCCAAGAGGCACAUAGUCAAGAUGUACUGGCUUGACAAAAUCGUGCGAUACGGGUUGUUGGCGCUGAUCGUCUAUGCUUUGUUCAGCAUUUUCUUCGGACCUUCCAAUAUACCAAAUUUACCUCAUUAAAUUAGUUUUCUCUAAAAUUUUCAUCCCAAAACAAAUUGAAAAUAAGCAAAUCUUUCGCCAUCUUCAUAUUUUUCACUAAAAAAGGAAAAUAAAAUGUGAUUGUCAGAAAAUCCUCCUGUUAUUAAUCGUUUUAUUA